AUGAGAGCUUAUAGAUGUCUUGUAGCUUUAAAAGGAGGGCAUCACAAUGUUAAUGGGACGCCGGUCGAUUUUAAAAACUUUAGCCACCAGUUGCGAAUUUUUAUUGGUGAACGCGACGCACAAGUUUUCCUUGAACGCCUGCGUGAGCGUUUUGACAACCUACCCAACUUCUUUUUUGAUUACACUGUAUCAAAUGGAAAGUUGUCCUCUGUAUUCUGGGCUGAUGAGAUUUCAAAGCUAAACUACAAAGCUUUUGGCGAUGUCCUAGCGUUUGACGCAACUUACAGCACAAACAGGUACAAGAUGGUUUCUGUGCCAUUCACGGGUGUGGAUCAUCAUUUCCAAUGUGUCACAUUUGGAGCGGGUUUGAUAUCAACCGAGUCCAUUGAAUCUUACGUGUGGUUGCUUAAGGCUUUCUUGAAGGCACACGGUACUCAACCAACUCUCGUGCUGAGUGAUCAAGACCCAUCCAUGCUACAAGCUGUUCCUAUGGUCUUUACCGAAUCACGACACCGUCUAUGCAUGUGGCAUAUAAUGAAAAAACUACCCUCAAAGAUCUCUGCCGACGUGCUCGAUAACACUGACCUUCGGUCCUGCAUUCACCGGUUGGUUUGGAAUGUUUAUAUCAAACCUGAAACGUUUGAGUCCCGCUGGAAUGACCUCCUACAAACAUUUGGGCUUCAAGACCACAGCUGGUUGAACGACAUGUACAACAUCAAACAUCUCUGGGUACCAGCCUACUUCAGGGAACUGCCCAUGUGUUGCUUGAUGAAGACCACCUCCCGCUGCGAAAGCUCUAACGCUGCCUUCAAGGUUAACUCAACAAGCGCAAACACCCUUGUACAAUUUAUGAUGUGCUUUGAAAAUAGGGUAGACAGCCAACGAUAUCGUCAACGUGUUUCGGAGUACAAAACCUCAUCCACAAUGUUCACUGGCAAUACUGAUUUAGCGAUAGAACAGCACGCGUUCGCCAUUUACACAAACGCUGUUUUCGCGCAAGUUCAAAAAGAGAUAAUUAAAGGGAAGUUUUUAUGCUACAUCACAAACCAAACCGAGACCAGCGAUUCCAGUCUUCUGAUAGACGUCACUCAUUUGGAUAAAAGGAACAACAUCACAAACGUCUAUCAGGUUACUCGAUACGGAGUCAACCCACACGCACCGUCCGUUAUGCGGAAUGAAAUCCUCGACCUCGUUACUGAAUGCGUUGAUGUUGCCAGAACCGAUGAGGAUGCGUUGGCAAAAUUGGUUGUCCAACUCAAGGAUUUCAAGAUCAAUGUUCUUUCCAAGCAACCUUUGUCAACAACUGAAAAUGAAUCAAAUGAGUGUCAAAUGGAAGAAAUAGUUGGACAGCCAAUCAACAUUCCAGUCGAAGUUGCUAAUCCAGAAGUUGCACGCAAUAGAGGAUGUGGUACUCAUACUCGCAUUUCUGGGCCCGGUGAGAAGGCCAAAGCAAAACCACCAAAACGUCCAAAGCAGCUUCGUUUAUGCAAGCGUUGUGGUCUAUAUGUCGACGACCACGACUCACACAACUGCCUUAAGGUGGCUGCAAUGAAAGCAGCAAAGGCAGCUGCUGAACAACAAAGGCAGACCGCCACUGGCGACUGA